AGGCCUGGAGGAAGGACUCCUCCAGGGCUAGGACGUUGAGUUUCAACUCCUGUGGCUAUUGAUUCCCAAGCACAGAUGAGAGGGGACUCACCAACCCUAGGUGUUGGUUGCAAAAGGCACCAAGCCAGGCCUCUGUUCUUGACGACUGUAGUGUUACUGCUCAUCGAUCAGGGGAACACCUAUCAGAGAGAACCAGACAGCGCCAGAGAAGUCAGCCCUACCCUGUCUCCAAAGCUUCCAUGGGCGACACGGGACGGCACUCUGAGUAAUUCCAGCAGAGAGAACGGCGGCGGCCAGGAGGGGUGGCGCCCACGGGAGUCCCCUCCGGACUCCAGGACUUUGGGAGAGAGUGUGGUCCCUGGAUCCCGCUGCUGCCACAACGGAGGCACCUGCGUUCUGGGCAGCUUCUGCGUGUGCCCGGCGCACUUCACCGGCCGCUACUGCGAGCACGACCAGAGGCGCAGAGAUUGUGGCGCCCUGGAGCAUGGAGCUUGGACCCUCCACAGCUGCCGCCUCUGCAGGUGCAUCUUCUCAGCCCUGUACUGCCUCCCACGGCAAGCGUUCGGCCACUGUGACCUGAGAGGCUUCCUCUCUUCAGGGACCAGAGGGUCAAGUGCAAGCAGUGCUCUGAGUCUUCUGCUGCUCUGUCUCUUCCUUCAUGGCGUGGCUGGCGAAGGCUGAGGCUCCUACGUGCAAUGACAGACUCUCCUGGGGCCCCGAGGAGUCACCCUUGAUUGCACAUGGCACCACAGCAUCCCAGCAGGAAAGCUGGGCAGUGGGCGUUGUUGUUGUUGAAUGUUGUAUGUUAUAAAUAACAGAAUCUCUGAAAUGUGAUGGAUCCUUGUGCUGUGCAAUAAACAUGUUCAACAGCGA